AUGAAUGUUUCAUUUAUAAAGUUGGAGAUAACUCUCAGUUGUUUCAACCAUUACGAUAAACUCCCAGCCUCAUCUCUUAUUUUUAUUGUCAUGGGAGAUGGUAAGAAAACUCUUGACUUUAAGAGCAAGCGCAUUCUUGCCCCAAUGGUUAGAGUAGGUACUCUUCCCAUGAGACUUUUAGCCCUUGAUUAUGGAGCAGACAUUGUGUAUACAGAGGAAAUAAUAGAUUUCAAAAUAAUAAAUGCAAAAAAAAUUGAAAAUGAACUUUUAGGAACCGUGGAUUUUGUUCUUUCUGAUGAAACUGUUGUGUUUCGAACUUGUGCUAAGGAAAAAAACAAAGUUGUUUUUCAGUUGGGAACUGCUGAUGCUAAACGAUCUUUACUUGCUGCUCAAAAAGUUGAAAACUAUGUUGCUGCUAUUGAUGUCAAUAUGGGCUGCCCAAAGGAAUUUUCCAUUAAGGGUGGAAUGGGUUCAGCUUUGUUAAAAAAACCUGAAAAAGUAUCAGAGAUACUCACCACUCUGGUCAGCAAUCUGUCCAUUCCUGUGACCUGCAAAAUACGCGUCUUAAAUGAUUUGCAAGAUACAUUGAACCUUGUCAAGGUAAUAGAGAGCACUGGGGUGUCUGCAAUCGCUGUCCAUGCACGAACUCAGUAUGAACGGCCAAGACAUCCAAAUCGUAACCAUUUCAUCAGAGAAAUAGCUAACACGGUCAACAUACCAGUAAUAGCCAAUGGUGGCUCCAAAGAGUUUCACACCAUGAAAGAUAUUGAUGCAUUUUGCCAAGACUGUGGGGUGACAUCAGUCAUGAUUGCUCGUGCAGCACAAUGGAAUUGUUCUGUCUUUAGAAAAGAUGGUCCUCUUCAACUUCCAGAUGUUGUCAGAGAUUAUAUCAAAUAUGCGGUUUUAUAUGAUAGUCACUAUGCUAACACAAAAUACUGUGUCCUUCAAAUGUUACAUGAAGAUAUGGACAUGAAAGAAGGUCAGGAAACUCUGGGUGCAAUGUCACUUGACGAAAUUUGUAACAUUUGGGGCUUAGAAGUAUUUUAUAAAGAUGUGAUAAAGACACGAAGGAAAAAGAGUCACAAUCUUACAACUAUAAAGGAAAUUGAUGAUGAACCCUGUAUUAAAAAACAAAAGUUAGAAGAUGGCAAGACUCUGGUGCAGAUGGUGAUACGCUAUGUAAAAAAAAAUUAUCCAGUUGCCAUAACACCAAAAAUGAAGCUUUUUGAAUGGAUAACAAAGAAUAAAAUGAAACCUCCCCACUACCAUACUGUUGAACGUCCAAAAGAUCGUUGCUUUCAUUCUACACUAACAGUCGGAGACACCAAAUACACUACACCUUACUGGUAA